AUGGCGGUGGCUCUGGGUGAAGUGUGGGGGCGGGUGAAGAAUGUCUGCAAACAGAACGGACUGCUCAUCCUGUCCGUGCUGGCCGUGGUCAUUGGCUGCCUGCUGGGCUUCUUCCUCAGAGGCAAGCGGCUCUCCGAGCAGGAGGUGAAGUACUUCCAGUUUCCUGGAGAGCUGCUGAUGAGGAUGUUGAAAAUGUUGAUUUUGCCCCUCGUCGUAUCCAGUUUAAUGUCAGGUCUGGCUGCUUUAGACGCCAAGUGCUCCAGCCGCCUGGGCAUCAUGACCAUCUCCUACUACCUCUGGACCACCUUUGUUGCCGUGGUAGUGGGCAUCCUCAUGGUUUACAUUAUCCACCCGGGCGGAGCCGCUCAGAAGGAAGACUCUGAUGGAAGCAAGAAGCCGAUGACCAGCUCUGCUGACGCUCUGCUGGAUCUCAUCCGCAACAUGUUUCCAGCGAACCUGGUUCAAGCCACUUUUCAGCAGUAUCGAACCCAGAGAGUUCCUGAGCUCAUCCCCAAACCAACGGUGGCUCAGCUCCUGGAUGAAACCACCACGCGCAGGGUCUACAUCUACGGCAUCCAGGACGACAAUGGCACAGAUAUCCAGAAUUUCUCCCUGGAUCUCACGCCACCGCCUGAUGUCAUCAUGAAAACGUCACCUGGUACCAGUGAAGGCAUGAAUGUGCUUGGGAUAGUCAUUUUUUCAGCUACCAUGGGAAUUAUGUUAGGAAGAAUGGGACCCAACGGAAGCGCUUUGGUCAACUUCUGCCAGAGUGUGAAUGAGGCCGUUCUGAAGAUCGUUGCCAUUGUCAUCUGGUAUUUCCCUUUUGGCAUCGUCUUUCUGGUUGCCGGUAAGAUCUUGGAGAUGGAUGACCCUUCAGCCAUGGGAAAGAAGCUGGGUUUUUACGCCAUUACGGUGGUAAUGGGCUUGGUGCUACAUGGCCUCUUCAUCCUCCCGGCCAUGUACUUCUUCAUCACUAAGAAGAGCCCCAUUGUGUACAUAAGAGGAAUUUUGCAGGCCCUUCUCAUCUCCUUGGCCACCUCCUCCAGCUCUGCCACACUGCCUAUCACCUUCAAGUGCCUACUUGAGAACAACCACAUCGACAGACGCAUCAUCCGCUUUGUGUUGCCUGUCGGGGCCACCAUCAAUAUGGACGGCACCGCACUCUACGAGGCAGUGGCAGCCAUCUUCAUCGCCCAAGUUAAUAACUAUGAGCUUGACUUUGGACAGAUCAUCACGAUCAGCAUCACCGCCACGGCAGCCAGUAUCGGAGCAGCAGGAAUCCCACAGGCUGGACUCGUAACCAUGGUGAUCGUGCUGACCUCUGUGGGCCUGCCCACCGAUGAUAUCACUCUCAUCAUUGCUGUUGAUUGGGCUUUGGAUCGAUUCAGGACCAUGGUGAAUGUGAUGGGGGAUGCACUGGCCACAGGCAUCAUGGCUCAUAUCUGCAGAAAAGAUUUCGUCAAAGAAGGGGAGCAGGUGCCUCUGAUCUGUGAGACCAAGCCCAUGAUAAGCAUCCAGCAGAUGAUGACCUACCAGAACCAGAAGAACGGAUGCUUCCAGCCCCCUCCCCCGGGCAGCAGGCAGGACCACUACCACCAAGAGGUGGCUCGCCUCAUGCAGCUGGAGGAGGGCUUCCGGCCGCUGGAGAAGAAGAAACACGCCCACCCGUCGCACCACAAGAGAGAGCACAGGGGCAAGGACCACUGCUCCGUGGACAUGAACGGGCUGGAGACUAAUGUAUAGAAAGCAUAAGACAAAAUAAGACAUGGUGACUUUAAGUUCACAUGCUUCGAGAAGGACUGCGGCCCAGGGCGGGUGAAUGCAAGACGACCCCGGGGCGGAAAAAAAAGACGAUUUUUCUUUUUUACAUAACUUAAAUAAUGACCCGCAUUUGAUUAUGUAUGUUUGUGUGUGUACAUAUUUAUCAGAGAUGUUUUAUUUGAUACAAACAGUGACAAUGUGCUGCUCUAGCUUACAGACAAUUUUUGAGGUUUCACUAACAUCCUCCCAGAUCUGUGAGUCAGAAAUGGAGAACAUACGGAAGAGGAUUAGGGCCAAAAUAGUUAUCGAUUUUUAUCUGAAAAUCUCAGAAUUUGAGAAAAAAAAUCCGAAUUAUUAGAUAAAAAACUAUGAGAUUUUCAUAUUGAAAUAUAUAAUUAUUUUUUUCUUAGAGCUCCUGAUCUGGUCAGAUCUCAAAAACAAAUUGGCCCUCAUCAUUUUCCAUAAGAACACUAUAGUUAAUAUCUGAAACAUUCAAAACUUACCCCUCAUAUCACUUUAUAUUCAUUAUGAUCUGUUGUGUUUAUAGUAUUAUUUUAUUUUGUCAUUCUGCUCUUUAUAAUGAAACUGUUGCCUGGUUGGAGCAUUCUCCCAAUAAAUGUACUAACUCAAAAACGCACACAACAAAGAAAAAUAGAGGAACAACACCACAUCAUUGAUAAACCUCUACUCUAGUUCACAUUUAGGAAAUAAAAGUAU